CCUUUUUCCUUUUUUUAGUAAACAUGACAAGCCAGUGGUAUAUGCAAAAAGAAGAAAGUAGAUACUUUCCUUCGAUCCUCAAAGGAAUGAAGUAUGAAGAAGAACUCAUGUCUCGUUUACGUGCAGUGUGUCUUAUACAGUGUGUAGGAUAUCGACUUGAAUUGCCAAUACAUACUGUAGCUACUGCAUCUGCUUUGUUUCAUCGGUUCUAUACAAGAAGAUCUUUUUAUGAAUACAAAUCCAACAAAAUAGCGCAAGCUUGUCUGUUUAUUGCCUGUAAAAGCGAUGAAUCAUCACGCCGAGCAAACGAUAUUGCUAAAUCAUGGCUUUAUAAGCCCAAUACAGUCCUCAGUGAAAAGAAGAUGAGUAAAUUCAUUGCGGAUCUACUGUAUUAUGAACUGAUUGUGUUGGAAAUCACUUGUUUCGAUAUGCAAAUUGACCACCCUUAUGUUGAUCUAUUUGAAUUUGCUAAAGAGAUCCAUACACCCAACGAUGUGAUUCAUGCUGCAUUAGCAUUUAUCAAUGACAGUCUAAGAUUACCACUCUGUUUAUGGUAUGAUCCUAAAUCAAUAGCAGCCACAGCAUUAUUAAUGGGUUAUCAUGGUCAUGAUAUUCCAUUCCCUUCAGAUACCAAUACACAUUGGGGACAAUACAUUGAAAAAAACACAAGUUUAUUGACUGAUAUCACUGCUUCUAUUAUGGAAGUGUAUAAAUUACCCAAAAAGUAUCAUGCAAAAUAAUAAUAAUAAUAAAAUCCCUUUUUCUUUCUUUCA